CCGAAUUCAGACUUACUUGCGUUGGGCGCUAACAUGAUCAUGCUAGGCACGGUUCGCCUUGGAACUGUACGUUGCGGUGGAGGUGUGGAACCGCCAUGACGUGGCACACGCCGUCACUCGCGACUGCUGGGAACACGAGCGCUUUGUCCCUCUCAAGGGAUGGAGCACAGAACAUUUGCGCGCCGCGGACAACCGCCCCGCAUACCGCGCAGGUCCGAAUGUGGGAAGCACUAUCAAGGACGUGGCUACGAUCGUGCCUGAAGGACAUGUGGAGACGUUGGGAUGGUCGACUGGGGCCUGGUUCUACGCAGCAUCCUUCAGUGGCCCGUGGCACAGCUCCAAUGCAGGAUGGAAGUGCCGUCGGCGUAUGCUGUCACAAGUGUGCCGCCGCGCUGAAUUGGACACGUCCAUCGAAGUCGACACGAAGGGCGAAGACAUGAAGAAGACUGUCGCCCUUGUCGACCUCUCGAUUGAAGCGAUCUUGCAAAAGCAUGAUGUCCAGCUUGAAGACUAUUAGCUGCGACUUCAAUACAUAUCACCGCUAGUUUUAUUUGGCUAACAACUGUACUGCGUAUAUACAUGUACUCCCUUGC